GGAACGUGAAGCUCACCCACUUCGCUACGACUCCCGACGUGCAUGUGCACUCCAUUUCCUUCUCCCACCUGUCUUUCUACUUCUCCCUCUCCUUACCUCCCUGCACUUUGAUGCGCGGUGAGCUGGUGCGCGCGUCCUGGCGAGGCAGCACAGCUCCCGACUGAAGCAGACGAGAGCUCGCAUGGCAGCUGCACCAACAUGUCUUCCCCACUUCGAACCUGCAGAGGCACGCUCCUGGCCACGACGAUAGCGGCUGCCAUUAUUUUCUUCUUCUUCCGGCAGUCGCGCUCCUACAGUUCAGCUCAGAUUCCGCCCAUAUCCUACUCCGACACAACUUCAACCAGCGGGUGGAAAUUCAUCGCCGAUCGCGAUCGCAACGACCACUCCCUUACACUCGCUCAGUGCGACCAGGCCUUUCCCGACUUAUACAAGGAGAUUGACCGAUCGCGUGCCUAUUGGCAGGACCGCCUGGGUCCAGAUGGGAAGUUGACAGAGGAGAAUUAUGGCUUGAAGUGGAGUGGUGAUGGAGGCCUGCGGGCCAUGAUCUACGAGGGCCAACUGUACAUCAUCGAGUCGCGAGGCCUGAACCACUUCUUGCACUGGAAGGAGAGAUCACAUGCUACAUUACACAACAUACACCGAGCCAUUGUUAGCUCGCGGGAGAACAUUCCCAACAUCGAAUUCAGCAUCAAGAUUAACGACAUUAUUGACUUGACUGAGGACUUUCCCAACACGACAGUGUGGAAUUUCAAUCGAAAUAUCCAUGACAAGGCGAUGGAGCAAGUCUGGCUCAUCCCCGACUUCAACUUCUGGGCGUAUCCACGUGUAGCUGGUGCAUACGGAGAUUUCCAACGCCAGGCAAUCGACUUCUACAACGACUACAGCAAAAAGAUUCCGAAAUUGGUCUGGAGAGGCACGACGGAUUUCAAUCCGCAGAUCAGAGUGGCUUUGAUUGAGCAGAGCAAGGACAAGAGUUGGUCUGAUGUACACAGAGUGGCCGAAGAUGUAAACGACGAGGAGGCAGAGAAGUGGAGGAUAGCCAUGCCCGACCACUGCAAAUAUAAAUUCGCCGUGCACACGGAAGGCACAACGUGGUCCGGCCGACUGAAGUACCUGCUGAGCUGCCACUCGACCAUCAUUAUCCACCCUCUGACCUAUACAACACAUCUGUACCAUCUGCUCGAGGCAGACGGACCCAAUCAGAACUACGUGCGAUGUGAAAGUGAUUGGAAGGAUCUGCCUCAGGCCAUGGACUCUCUGCUGGCAGACAACAAAAAGGCAAAGCGGAUCGCAGACAAUGCAGCUGCGAAGUUCCGCGAUCGAUACUUCACGCCAGCAGCACAAACCUGCUACUUCAGGCAUUUGUUCAAGGUCUGGUCAGAAAUGACCCAUGAGCCAAAGCCUUAUAUGGUGAAGCACCUUCCCGACGGCACGACUGAGAAGGUCUGGCGUGGCAUGACCUACGAAGAAUAUUUAUUCCACGACAAAGGAUACCAAGAACGAGAAUUCGACUGAGAUUUGAAUACGAUCGUGCCAUAGCUAUAACCGCGACUGGCAGAAGCAGAGAGUGUCAAAUGUCACAAACCCGACACUGCGAGGGCAGUCUUGUGUGGGAAUGACUGAGGUCUAUUGGAGAUGACGGUUGGAUGUUCAUAUCUCUCACCUUUUCUUUUGAGUGCUGCCUUACUUAGCAAGGUGUUCAGGGGUCGAUGUGGACUUUGGGGCAUCGAAGAUGCAUGUAGAAGAAAAUGGAGUGAAGAUGGGGAGGUGCUCAGGUCGACUUGGAGACGGAGUCUCAGAAACAGACUUUUUUUCGCAUCAAAAACAAAUACCCCAUGUGUGCGUGAAGCGAGAAUAUACGUAUAAAACUUGCGUAGCUUAUAUGUCAUAUGUCCAAACACAUAUACUUGAUGCUUUUGAGUAUAACAAGCGAUAUAAAUAGAAAUCGUGCCGGCGUUAUGAACAUCCAAUCAGAUUUGUGCGCCUGCUCUCCUUCCUCUUCAUUUACCUCUUCGUCUCAGUGAC